GCGCCGCCGCCGCCGGGAUCUCCGAGCUAGGAGCGAACCCCGCAAGGGGCGGGGGAGCGGGCUCCCCCUCGCAAGCGGCGGGGACAGCCAGUCCUGUGGAACAAGGAGGCGGUCCCGGAGGCCCAGCGACGCCCGGGAAGGAGCAGGAGCCGGGCGAAGGGUGGACAUGAGCGACCACCUGAGACCAGCCUCGGACCGCUAGGGGCGGACCCAGCAGCCCCUCCCCUCUCCUCGGAAUCUCGGAACCUAAGAGGAUGGAGCCAAAUACCUGUAAGACCAGCGAAUCGGAGGAAGACUACGUUGAGGAAGAGGAAUCCGAGGAGGAAUGUGUUCAAGGGGAAGCUACCAUCCCUUCUGACUCUCCUCAGCAGGAACUCUCAAAGGCUGACUAUAAGGAAUUUGGGGAUGGAGUUCCCUUAUCUAUUGUAGCCAAGAAAAUUCCAAAGAAAAUCAUAGCCCCAACUGACUCAGAUGACUUAGAAGUUGGGAGGAGAAAGAGAAGGCGGAAACGCAGACCCCUGGCCAUCAACCUGACCAACUGCAAGUAUGAGAGCGUGCGUCGGGCAGCCCAAAUGUGUGGCCUGAAGGAGGUGGGGGAGGACGAAGAAUGGACUGUGUACUGGACAGACUGCUCUGUCUCACUGGAACGAGUCAUGGACAUGAAGAGGUUUCAGAAAAUCAACCACUUCCCUGGAAUGACAGAAAUCUGCCGCAAAGAUCUGCUGGCUCGGAACCUCAACCGCAUGCAGAAACUCUAUCCUACCGAGUACAACAUCUUCCCCCGCACCUGGUGCCUCCCUGCAGACUUUGGGGACUUCCAGUCCUAUGGUCGUCAGCGAAAAAGCCGCACUUACAUCUGCAAGCCAGACAGUGGCUGCCAGGGACGGGGCAUCUUCAUCACCCGAAAUCCCCGGGAGAUCAAGCCAGGAGAGCAUAUGAUCUGCCAGCAAUACAUCUCCAAGCCCUUCCUCAUUGAUGGCUUCAAGUUUGAUAUGCGAAUCUAUGUCCUGAUCACAUCCUGUGACCCUCUUCGGAUCUUCAUGUAUGAGGAGGGCCUGGCCCGCUUUGCCACUAUGCCCUACGUGGAGCCCAGCCACAGCAACCUGGAUGACGUCUGCAUGCACCUGACCAACUAUGCUAUCAACAAACACAAUGAGAAUUUUGUCCGAGAUGAUGCUGUGGGCAGUAAGAGGAAGCUGUCAACGCUCAACGCCUCGCUGCGAGAACAUGGCUACGACCCCCGAGAGCUGUGGGGGGACAUCGAGGACAUCAUCAUCAAAACCAUCAUCUCAGCCCAUUCUGUUCUUCGCCACAACUACCGAACCUGUUUUCCCCAAUAUCUGACUGGAAGUACAUGUGCCUGUUUCGAGAUCCUUGGUUUUGACAUCUUGCUGGACCACAAGCUGAAGCCCUGGCUGCUAGAGGUAAACCACUCUCCAAGUUUCACCACCGACUCCCGCCUUGAUCGAGAAGUGAAGGAUACACUUCUCUGUGAUACCAUGACCCUUGUCAACCUCCGUGGCUGUGACAAAAGGAAGGUGAUGGAGGAAGACAAGCGGCGAGUCAAGGAGCGGCUUUUCCAGGGCCACCAGCAGCCACGAGAAGCCAGGUGCUCCAGGUGUCUGAGUGGUCUUGUUAGCACUGGCCUGGGUGUAAGAGUGCUACUUUAGGUGGUGAAAGUGGUCUGGGGCUGAUGAGCUAUGAAGAAUAACAUUUCUUCUGCAUAGAUAAUAUAUU